AUGAGUAACAAAAACAUCGUGCCUCGUGUAAACUGGGACGAAGGCUUCCCCUGGAAGGGUUACUCCUUGCGAUAUGACAUUACAACAGCCAUUCCAGAGUACGAAAAAGAUAAUCCUCGCACAUGGCCAUUGAUACGCGAUGCCAUUACAAUGGAAUAUCGACCCACAGUUCCUCCGAAGUAUUUGGCAUAUGAUCAGACCCUCAUUAAGAGUUUCAAGCGUCUUCAAGGUUCACCCAGUAGACCCAGUCGAACGAGCCAGUAUUUGACGAACCUCUUCCUGUACUAUCCAUUCAAUUACAAUAGUCACGGCCAACUACGAGAGCAUCCACAUAUACCACCUAAUGAUCUCGAACAAUGGAAGGACCUUAUGAAACAAGAAGUACCAACCACGGCUGAAGAGAUGAGAACCGAGGAAGCAAUCUAUAACGGCCAGGGGGGUGAUGACGUUACCGGAACUACCUCACCCGAAGCAGCUAUCCAAGAGAUGAUGAUAAUGAAGAUUUUCGACGACACAGGCGCAGAUCAUGUGUCUGCGCAAAGGGUGAUCGAGCUGGAAGGAGAAGUCGAGAAGAUGAGGCAGACGGUUCUGCAAGCGAAUGAGAGGGCCGACAGUGAGGAAAAGAAGAGGACUGCAGUGAUCGACAGGGGCAAGAAGGCUUAUGAGGAUCUGGUCCGUGAGAGGAAAGAAUUACAGGCGUGGAGAACGAAUUUCUUGAACGAGUACAACAAAAUGCAGAAAAGGGCUAAGACUGCAGAAGAAGAUGCUUGCAAACUCCGGGGAGAUCUCGCCAGCCGCGACAACGAUCUAGAAAAGGGUAAGGCAACAGUCGAGAAGCUCGAAGCUGAAGUCGAGCAAAGGAGGAAGGAUAUCUCGACGGCAAACCAGAGAAUAGUAGGGCUGGAGAAGCAAAUCUUCAAACUUUUCGAAAAAGCGAAGAAAAAGGAACAGGGUACAGAUACACAGAAGAGAGCAGCGGUUGAUGAUGUAUCGGAGGCACGGCGGAAGAAGUUGAAAGCGGAGGCCUGA